AUGACAACAGAAACAGAUAACCUGGACAACCAUCUUCCCGUCUCGCAUAAUACCCUACGAAAGACAUUUCUGCGUGUCGACUUCCCGGUAGAAGAAUCUGUGCCAGAAACAAUCCUCGAGCCGAAAGAAAUACAUCGCAUCCCAUUCAGUUUUGUCGUGCCUUCUCAUAUCCCGGCGCAAAUGUGCCACCAUACCUGCGCGAAUUGCCAAGUUCACGAAGAACACCUGCAACUUCUCCCGAGCCUAGGCAAAAUAUCGCAAUACUUUGAGAAUACCCACGACAUGUCGCCAUCCGAAGCAGAGAUUACAUAUAGCAUCAAAUUUUCAGUCGUUGAGAAGAUGUCGAACGCAGAAUGGCCGAAAAUCCUCAAAGAAACAACCUACCCGAUUUAUAUCUUGCCUCGACGAUCGGAGAUGGCCCCGCUCCUGCUCGCCCCGGAAAGCAGAUACUACAAAAUAAGAAAGGAAAAGUGCCUCAAAAAGGGGAUACUGCGUUCGGAAGUCGGAACUUUGGUGCUGUCAACUUUCCAACCGCUGGGAAUAGAGUUAUGCCGCGGACCGCAACCCCAAAAUAGUAUUGAAGCAUCAACGACAGUACGAAUCAACCUUCGAUUCGACCCAGCACGUGAGAAAGAGCUCCCACCUCACAUGGUAUCAAGCGAAAUCAAACUCAAAGCAAUGACAUUCUUCGGCAUGGAGCCAUGGUUUAGCUUCCCUGACCAUUCAGGACCAUCGGCUUGGGGUUCCAGGCAGACAUAUUGGUCUGAAACAAUCUCGCUACACUUGGAAGAUUGUUUCAUCAAUUGGAGAAAACAGGCGAAGGCCGAGGGAAGCGAUUUGGCGUUAUUUUAUACGGCGUCUGUUGACAUUUCGAUCGCACUGCCAGAUACUCUGGCGUAUCCGCCUACUUUUCACUCAUGUUUUAUUUCCAGGGCGUAUGCCCUCAAGACAAUACUCUCAUAUCAGGAUCACAGCAAGUGGCGAGGUAGUGCCUCUGCAUCUUUGACUGUUCCUGUGCAGAUUUAUGUGUCGUGA